AUGGCUGCCGUUCCACCUGCCGCAGGUGCAGCUGCUCCUGCUUCUGCCGCCACUGUUACCGAAGACGGUUCUCCUGUCAAACAAAACAAGACUCGCACUAAGAAGAUUGUUGGUCCAGCUGCUAGAAGAACCAAGCAGUGCUGCUUCAAUGAACCAGGUGGCCCAUGGCCUCACAAUGUCAUGCUUCAGGCUGCUACCUGCCAUGAUAUGAAGGAAAGAAUGAUGACUCUCAUUGUCGGCCAGGAGGAGACACACUUCACCUGGUUCCAUGAAGUCCUCUCCUUCCACUCAUCCUUCUUUGCUGGCGUCAUGAAAUACUCUUGGUCCACUGAAUCUAAGGACAAGAUUGUGCGCAUGCCUGAAGACUCGCCUGACGUUGUUCGCGAGUACGUUCGAGGCCACUCUUCCACCAUCGCAAAGACUAAUCACGUCUUCUCUGUAGAUNUCAUCCGUUGGAUCACCGACCACAAAGUCGGCGGCUAUGGCGCUGGUUCCAACAACCCCUCCCUUACGCCUUGGUGUUAUUGGGACUUGAUGGUCGAGCUCUACAUCUUCGGCAACAAGUACAACAUCCCUCGUCUGCAGAAUGUUGCUAUCAACGAGAUCAUUACUCUCUUCCAGGACCAAUUUGCCUUCCCUCGCGCUUCCACUAUCUACAAAAUCUACGAGCGCACUCCACUUGGCGUGUCUCUUCGCAGACUUGUCACUGACAUGGUUGUCCUCUCGCACGAGAACAUCGGAGCUCUCAUCGACGGCCAGUCUCGCUUUGGUGAGGGCUUCCACUUCGAGUUCAUCAAUGACUUGUUAAAGCGUCUGCACAAAGCUGCAACGCACCCUGACGGCUUCGCAUCGCAGCGAAAGGUCCGUAGAGAUUGGCGUCUUGUCCCCCGCUGUAUCUAUCACGUUUCUGAGCUCGACGCCCGCUUGAACGGCAAGGAGGUUGGUGUGCAUUCAUCCAGUUCCGAUUCUUGCAGCAGUGGCUAA